AUGGCGAAUACAGUUACUCUGAACAACGGACACAAGAUGCCUGUUAUAGGCCUGGGUACCUGGCAGGCAACGCCAGAACAAACACACAGGGCUGUAAAGAUAGCGCUGGAAGUGGGCUACAGACACGUGGACACGGCGUUCGCCUACGGAAACGAGGAGGCAAUAGGAGCCGCCCUUCAGGAGCACUUCAAGGAGGGCAAACUGAAGCGAGAAGACGUGUUUAUCACGACCAAGUUGUGGAUGACUCAUAUGAAGAAAGAUGACGUCCCAAUUAACUUGUCGGAGAGUUUACGUCGGCUUAAACUCGACUACGUAGAUCUGUAUCUGGUACAUGCGCCAAUGGGAUUCAAGAAUCGUGGAGACUGGACGAUUUUUCCUGCUGACGAGCAUGGCAAAAGUGAACUCGAAAGUGUUAAUUUGAUUGAAACAUGGCGGGCCAUGGAAGAUCUAUUGGAUUCUGGAAAGGUCCGAGCUAUCGGUGUGUCUAAUUUUAAUUCUGAACAAAUUGAUCUCAUAGUCCAGGCAGCACGCCACCAACCAGUGACUAACCAGGUUGAGUGUAACGCCUAUUUCCCCCAAGAGAAGCUGGAAGAGUUUUGUGAGAAGCGCAACAUCCGGUUGACAGCGUACAGCCCCCUUGGAUCACCAGGAAGACCUGGACACUUGAUUAAUGAAGGGUCGCGAGUUCUUCUUGAGGAAACCACACUACAGGAUAUUGGAAGGAAAUAUGGGAAGACGCCUGCACAGGUUCUGCUUCGUAAUUUGAUACAAAGGGGAAUUUUUGUGAUUCCGAAAAGCACAAGUCCACAAAGAAUAAAGGAAAAUUUUGAGGUAUUUGACUUUACUCUGACUGAAGACGACAUGAACAAGAUAAGACAACUCCAGACCAAUGAGAGAAUGUUGAAAUUUCAUUUUGCCGCGGAUCAUCCUGAAUAUCCAUUUAAUAUCCCGUACUGAUCCCGACUUUGAUCCGUCAUGUUAUGGCACGUCUGAUUUGGGUCAAGAAACAAUAUGAUGUCUGUCUAUAAUGUUGUCUACGUCUUUGAUGACAUUAUAAUAGGA